AGAGCAGAAGUGGAACUUGUCAACACGAGGCUGCACAGGCAGUGACCGCGGCCAGGAGCAGGAAAAUUCCUCGGACAUCGGCGACACUGUUAAAUAUUUAGUAAAAGGUGGCAAAAUCUGAGCGUUGACAUUCACAAUAGUUUAUAUGGGAAAGACUUCUGAAUGAGUGACAACUAUAGGAUUAAAAAGAACGUUUUCAGUUAAAUUCUACUGGAUUAAAAACUUAAAAUAAAAACUUCUCAACAUCUACUAAACUCGCAGUGUCUUUGAUAUGUCUACCGCUGGGAUGUCACCAGUCGCAUCUGGCCGACUGCCAGUUAUUCAACACCCACUGUCAAGACUCGGGGAUCCUGGGACCAUCUCCCUGAGAGGCUUCUCCAGAGACAGCUUCGGGAAACCUUUAGAUGAGGAGAACCAGCACGGGAGACCGCUGGCCCACGAGGAGAAACUGGGCCAUUCAAGCAGGCAACAGACCUCCAGGAACUACAAGUCGCUGCCGGAACCAGAGAGGGGAGUCCCGACCACCCCACCACCUCAUCACAUUCCCCCUGGAGUAGAAGUAACACCGGCCGUCGACUCCAGUAAAACUAGGCUUCCUAUAUUCGGACAGCGUGCUGAUUUAGGAAGCCGUGCUGAAAGCAGAGUGAGUCAAGCCAGUAGCAACGUCAGCAGUGUCUCCCGCCCAGGCACGCAGAUGAGACUCGAGGUGGAUGAGCUGGAACAUUUGCUGCGAGAAAAGAUGAAAUCUGGAGGAUUUUUCACCAUGAGGCAGCUAUUCAAAAACAAUGACCCUGAAGGAAAUGGGCAAGUGAGCAGGGAUGUGCUGCUCAUGAUACUCACCAAGUUCUUGGGACGAUUCAUCAGCUCAAAGCAGUUCCAGCAAUUACUGUUAAGGCUUCAUCUGUCUGAGAAGACCAUCAUCAAAUUUGAAGAGCUGUAUGCAGCAGUCAGGGAUCCAAUCAGUGAUGGAGCACCAACCUGGCUCAAUCCUGUCCAAAGGCUAACUGAAAAGAACUUUAUGACAGCUUCUCAAGUUCAUGCCCAGUUAAAGGAGAAGGCGAAACAAAGAUUCCUGGAGCUUGGUGAUUUGAUUCCCCAGAAGAAUCCUGGUGGAAGCAGCCGGAUUGUAGCCCCUGAGUUCCAGAAUAUGUUAAAUCAACUGGGCUUCUAUUUGCAAGAGGAAGAAUUUGAAAAACUCUGGAAAAGAUAUGAUAAAGAAGGACUCGGCAUUAUCAAGGGAGAAACCUUAAUGAAGCAGCUUGGCAUUGAUUUUCGGAACAAUUCUGCCACUCAUUUUGCAAAACAAGAUGAAAACUCAGAUAUCAUGGAAAGCUUGAUAAAACCAACAAGGACACUUUCAAAAGCAGAAGAAGAGCGGAAGGCCUCCAUAACCAUUGAAAAGUGGCUAAAGGACAAAUUUCGAGAAGGUUUUCGAAGCAUGAAGAAGGAGUUUGGAAAACUUGAUCCAGGAAAAACUGACAAGGUGACACAGGAGCAGUUUUUAUCUGUUUUGGAGGCCUUUGACUUACACAUGAAAAAGGAGCACCUGGGACUUUUUUUGGCAAGAUGUGGCCUGGAGAACAAACCAACAGUUAACUACGCUGAAUUUCUUCAGAAGUUCCAAGAUCGCAGUGAAAAGGGAAUCACACACAAUAUUCUCUCCAACCCUAAACACAAAUUUAACCAAGACGAGCAAAGUAACAGUGCCUCUACAGUAACAGCAAUUGAAGCUCGAUUGACAAACAUGUUUCAGUCUGACUUUUUGUCUCUCUUAGCCACAUUUCAUAAAAUUGACAAACUUGAAAGAGGUGUCAUCAGCCAACCAGAAUUCAGAGCGGCAAUUGAAAGCAGGUUCAGCCUGGAAAUCAGUGAUGAUGAGUUUGAGCUGCUGCUGGACAGAAUUCCUUUGGAUGAAGAUGGAAACGUCAUUUACCCACAGUUUAUGGCUAUAUUUGAUUCACGGAAAGGGGCCCCCAGCCUUUUUGAUGCUAAAACUGAAAUAAUGUCUGCAAUAUCAACCAGCAGCAUGGAGGAGAUAAAGAAAUCCUAUAAUAUGAAAACAGAGAAAUUAGACAACAGAAAUAUGAGAACGCCAGAACAGCUAUUCCACAUUAUUAAACGCCUUCUCAACAAACAGUAUCAAUCGAUUGAAAAACAAUUUGAAGACCUGGAUGAAAAAAAUACAAGGCGACUAACACAAGAAGUCAUGUACCAGCUUUUAAAACGAUUUGACAUCCAGCCUGAAGUUAGCCGGGGGGAGAUCCGAAGACUUUGGGAAACUUUGAUUACCAACCAAGACAAAACGCUCGAUUUCUUGGAGUUUGUGAGACAUUUUGGCUACUCUCCCAAAUCAGCUUGUUUUCCUAAUGCCAAGAUCAGUCCACCAAAGAAAGGAGAUGAUAAUUUCAGGCUCCGUUCCAAGAAGCUCAACUGCGCCUCAGAUAUCCUUGUUGAUAGUGUCCGUGCCAAGGUUGAGUAUCUGUUGGAUGACCUCCAGAAAGAAUUUGAGGACCUGGAUCCAUUCCAUACUGGUUUCGUCAGCAAAGCUGAGUUUAGAGACAUCCUCACAGAGCUCUGUGUGCAGCUCAAUGAGCAUGAAUGUAACAUGCUGGAGAAAAAGUUUGAAGUUAAUGGAGAUGGCCGUGUUUCCUACCAAGAAUUUCUGAAACCCUUUACUAUGCAGCGACAAAUGUGGAGAGGUGGGCCCAAUAUGGCAGGCAUUCUGCACCAUUCUUACAGGGAUGACAGUGAACAAUCCAGUGACAAUAAUGUCUCUGAUCUUGGGAUACUUACUUCACGGCUACGGAAUAAGCUUCAAGGAGAAUGGAAGAAUCUUCGUCGAGCUUUCAAGAAAUUAGACAGUGAUUCCAGUGGCUUUCUUUCCAUAGCAGAGUUUCGAUCAGUCAUGAAACUCUGCAACCUUCUUCUUGAUGAAGAUGAAGUCUAUCAUCUCAUGUCAAAGUAUGACCAAAACAUGGAUGGGAGAAUCAACUAUAAGAAAUUGCUGGAUGAUGCAUGCAAGAAACAAGCCAGCACUACUGAACAUGCUUAAUAAGCCACCUACAUGAAUUGAAACUUUUGUUUAAUUUUAUAAUGUACUAAUCCUCAAAUAAAACAUGAAA